GCCUGCUCAGUUCCCUCCUUCUUUCCCUGCGCGAUUGCGUUUCAUCCUGCAAAUCGCUUUGUUUCCCCCCGUUCAUAUCGAAAAUAUCGUAAUCAUCAUAAAACGCGUGUGUGUCACCAUCAAUCUAUUUCUCUCGGUGGCGAAAAAAGAUACUAAUAAUCGCAGUUUUUCGUUUGCGACGGGUUUUUUUUUUGGUUCCGCCGGAAGUGUCGGGGAUCGGCCGAUGUUUUGAUUCGUCCGUAAUGAGCAGCAGGUAGGGGACGGUUCCUCCUUCCCUUUUUUUUUGGCGAGCAAGAAAAGAAGUCGGGGGGUUUCGUAAUUUCGUUUCGGUUCCGGCGACGACGGUUCAAAAUGGAGAAUUUCAACUUUCCUCCGGUGGCGUUCAUCCGGCCGGAUUGUCCCGACGAGGACCACAGCGAUACGAGCAUCGACGGCAGCGGAACGACCACCGGGAGCAGCAGCAGCGAAGUCAAGGCCGCGCCCUCCAGCAGCAGCAGCGAGUCCGUCUUCCAGGAGUUUACGAUCGUCGACCAGAACCUGCCGAAGUUUGCGUCGAUUCCGACGACGGAGUGGUUGCGGCUGCUGCAGGACAAGGCGGAAAUCCGGCGAAAAUUUAACCUGCGCGAGGCGGACCGGUUGCAGCAUUUGUCCGUGCAGUUGGCGGAAAACGACGAACCGGACCGGGCCAUGAUGAACAUCACGCAGGCCCUGUACCGGUGUCCGCCGAACCCGGUGCUCGAGAAGUCCAUCCUGUGCCAGAAGGGCGAGCUGCUGCGGCGGAAGGAACGCUACCAGGACGCGAUACGGCACCUGGAGCACUGCCUCCGGAUUGAGGGCGAACGGUUCUCGUUCGGGACGUACCUGUGUCUGCUGCGGUGCUACAAGUCGAUGGGGAAUGUGCGGAAGGUGCGCACGACGCUGGCCCGGUGUGCGACGUUCUUCAACCGGUGGAAGGACGAGUUCCAGCGGUACGACUCCCAGCUCAAGAACCAACCGGACGCGCACAUGGAGGAGAUGAAGAAGGAGUUCGAUAUCCACGCGAACUGCAUCCCGAUGGAGAUGGUGAUCGACAAAAGCUUCCGCAACGAGCCGGCCGCCCAGGACGAUUACGAGGAGGAGAUCGACUUCGAGCCGUACCUGGGUUACACUCGGGACAGUAAGAUCCUCGGUGCGUCCGCCGCUUGCCGGCUGGACGUGGAAGGUCAAUCGCCCAAACUGGUCGCCGACGUGUUCAUCCCGGAAGGUUCGAUCGUGCUGGUCGAGCGUCCGCUGGUGAACCACGUGGAGUUCUCCAAAGUGCAAUGCUACACCUGCCACGACGUUCAGCCGCACCUGAUUCCGUGCUUCAACUGCCAGGGUGUGUUCUACUGUUCCUACCAGUGCCAAGGGAAGGACGCCAGUCUGCACCGAUUCGAGUGCCGGGGCUAUCAGCUGCUGUUCUUCCCGCUCGUUAACGGAAAUCUUGAGCUGCGGAUGUUGGUGCGUACGUUGGACACGCUGCGCUUGAUCACCGUCGAUAAGCCGGUGUUCGCGCUCAAAGCACACCGCACGGCCGAAGAUCUGUACCGGGUCCUCCUAGAUGGAGGCGUGGGCCGGGAGCGUUUCCCCGAACUGUACAACGCGCUGCUCAUCAAGCUAGACUACGGAGGAUUUCGGCCGGAGGACUUUGACGCGUUGAUGAUCAAAACGGAGAAGCUGCUCAGCUACGUCAAGCUGGACGGACGCAUCAAGUCGGACUACUUCUCCCAGUGGAAACACCUGGACGAGGGCCAGCUGGACGUGUUUCUCGGCGGGCUGCUGCUGCACUUUUGUACCUUAACCAUGACCAAAGUGAACCGACUGACGUACCAAAUCCCCGCCACCGACGACUUCCUGGGGCGUGUCCAGGACUUUAUCACACUCGGCGGCAACCACGAAGAGCAACCACUUCGCCAAACGCUCCUCGAGACGCUCGAACAGUACGGUCAAAACUAUGCCAAAGGUCGCCGCGGAGUGAUAGACACGGACCGGCUGCGGGAGGGCGUCCAGCGCCACCUCGAAAUGCUACGAACCGACUACGAAGACACCCGCAACACAGAUUCCCACGCAAACGACCUCAGCCACCAGGUUUGGACGCGGGACAACGUAAAGCGACUCUGGCAGAAGCAGCUGGAGUGCGCCGAGGCACGCAGCAUGUCCAGCUACGACUCGGUCAUCAUGAACCAUCACCAGCGUCAGCGGGCGGAAGACAUGGUGUCGAGUGCGCUGCUCAACUUCUUCGACGGGUACUUUGACCACUUUGGCGAGAUUCCGAUGUGCAGCAAGACGCGCACCUUCCCGAACACGAUGCGGGCGUUCUACCCGACGGCGAUGAAGCUGAAGCACUCGUGCGGGCCGAAUCUGUUCUUUGCCAUGAUCUCGAACGGCCUGUUCGUGGCGCGUGCCCGCUGCGACAUCCACGAGGGCGACGAGCUCACGCUGAACCACGGCCCGCACUACAAGGAGGCCCCGCGGGAAGACCGGCGCGAGUACCUGCGCAAGAUCUACAUCAGCUGUGAUUGCAUCGAGUGCGGCCAGAUCGAGGAUCAUUGGAUCCGUCACAAGCGCGUCCGGUGCGAAAAGUGUCUGUUCAAUCCGACGGCGCCGGGCAUCUGUCCGGAGUGUUUGCAGAGCAAGGAACUGCCGUGGGAGAUGGACGUGCUGAUGCACCAGCUGCAGGACAUUGAGCUGCAAAUGUGCAAGAGCGCGCACAUCCCGCAGCUGGUUCCGUUGGCGGCGAUUGGCCGGACCGCGGGCGGGCUGCAAAUGUCGACGGCGACCGGCAAGCGGAAGAUGGAGAUGCUCAAGUUCUUCGAGCGGCUGUGGCAGAUGAUGUUUGUGGAUGCGCAGCACAACGUGCCACUGUUUAACAAUCUGAAGGAACAGUUGGACUGCUUCGCGAAUGAGGCGAUCCGAGACGCCAUCGACGACGUGUACGAGCUGCUGCUGCGCUGUAAAAAAAUUAUCGACACGCUCUUCCCCUAUAUGAGCGUCCAGGUGGCCAACGAGUACGAGCUGGUGGUCCGCCGAACCGUCAAGUACAUGUUGCCGGCCAACAUUCUCUCGUACAGGUUCCUCGGCGGCGACAUGCGCCAGGUGCACCGCACGACCGACCUGGCCCGGUCCAUGAUCCGGCACGCGUUCACCAUCCUGGACGGGCACUUCCUGUACAACGACGAAAGUUACUUCAAGCUGAUGAAGGUCGAAAGCUCGCUGCGCACCGUCGAGAAGAACCUGCGCCAGACGGGUGCGCAUGAGGAGCGGGACCUGUUCUUUACGCUGCUCGGCGACGUCAAGCGGCCAAAGGGACCGGCCAGCGGUGCGGGUCAGAAGAAACCCGCGGGAGGGAAGAAGCCAGCAGCGAGUGCGGCCACGAAACAACCGGAGAAGCCGCAAGUGCUGGACAGCUACGAGUCCAAGUCGGCGUUUUUGCGGAACUCGUUGCCGAACGGGGACCUGUCGGCGGCCACCACGAACGGUGACCACGACGGCACCGUCCUCUUCAUCAACGAGGACGAUCUGGUGCCGAAACUGGCGGAAGCUCAGCCGGAAGAACAGCGAGAAGAAGAAUCGACGGAAUCGAACAAGGGUGGCACCGCCAAGCCGGAAAAGAACGUCAAGCGGAAGGAGACGGGUGCCAUUCCGAAGCCGAGCCGGACCACGAAGCAUCACCGGAAGGUUUGAGGAAUGGCCACGGCGGAGGAGGAUGACACGAGGUUGCCGCCGUCGUCGUUGCUUCUGCCCUGCCGGUAAGAUAGAACAACACUUCACCCUUCCUUCCCCCAAGAUUAUCGUUUACCAAAUCGAGCGAUUCGAAGCAGGUUGUUCCUUUCGGGACACGAACAACACACACGUGUGUUCACUUCACUUCAUCUGUUGCGCCGUUGUUGUUGGUUGUUGGUUUCGCGGUUUUUAUUUAGAGCAGAAAAAAAAGAUUUUUGUUUUUCUUUUUAGUCGUUUUAAAAAUGGAAAUUACUACAAAGACAGAGAGAAGAAUAAGCAAAACCACAGAUUAGUCAAGUCGAUAUCGAUACGUUGCUCACUAUUAACAUAUAUCUAUAUGGAUAGGAUGGCGGAACAGAAAACAAAAAAACACAAAA